AUUGAUUCAGUUUUUAUUCAUCCUUCUUAAUGGCAAUAAUUAUUAAGACACGAUCAUAAGUAAAUGUCUGGUGGCCACUGACUGCUUUAUUUAUAUAUCAUUUAGGUAUUUAUAUCGAACGGGCCCCGACAAAGUCACAUUCGCUGCCGCUUCGGCUCAAUGACUCCGCUCGUGUCUUCUGCGCAACUCACCCCUCCCCCCUCUGCCCCAACGCUGGCUCCCCCAACUCCUACUCUACCUCCCCCAACUCUGACAACCCCAACGCUCGCUCACGCUCACCUGGCGGGGCUCUACGCGCCCUCCCCCUACGCUGACGCGCCCCCCUACGCCCUACAGGCACUGGGGGGCGAGCAGUCCGCCUUCUACUCCCCAAGUGCAAGCCUGGAGCUGAAGGAGACGCUAGCAGGCGCCCCGAUGUCCCCAGCCUGGCCCUACGCAUCCAUGUACUAUCCUGUCGACUCCCCCUUCGGCUACCCCUUUGCAGGCUACACAGGCAUGGGACUGGACGCCGCGCGGCGCAAGAACGCCACCAGAGAAGCUACGACGACCCUGAAGGCUUGGCUCAACGAGCACAAGAAGAACCCGUACCCCACCAAGGGCGAGAAGAUCAUGCUCGCCAUCAUCACUAAAAUGACACUCACGCAG